AUGUCGUCCAACAACACCUCGGCCAGUGUCUCCAUCGAUAAGUUCGAUGGGGACAACUACUCAACCUGGUGUCGCUACAUGCGCGGUGUGUUUCUGACGAAGUCAGUCUGGUACGUCGUGAACCGCGAAACGUCUCCAACCUUCACCGACACGCGAGCUUCCGACGAGUACGUCAAGGCGAGCAACAUCGCGUUCGGGUUGAUGUUGCUCCACAUGGACGCCGACUACCACCAUGUGGUCGACAACUGUGAAGAAGCAUGGACAGCGUGGUCGCGGUUGAAGAUGCUCUAUGGUGGGUCGCAGAAGGCGGGACGCAUCUACCUCAAGCGCCAGCUGUUCAGCAUCAAGAUGGCGGAAGGUGCCAACGUCUUGCACCAUUGCAACGAAGUCUUGAACAUCGGCGCCAAGCUCAGCAGCAUCGGUGCCAAGAUGGAAGACGAAGACAUUGCGAUCUGCUUACUGCGCAGUCUGCCCAAUAGUUUCGAGAACGUGGUUCUCAACUUGGAGAUGAGCAAUGCAGAGCUGCGCACGCAAGAUGUGGUCAAGGUGCUGACUAACGAGCACAUCAAGCGACAAGGCGAGAAGAUGACAACGGCAACGACAACGGUGAAGACUGAAGAUGCGACAAAGGCAUUUAGUACCGAGCGCAAGCCCUACCAAUGCACAUACUGCGGCAAGGUGGGGCACACGGCAGAGCGUUGCUGGACGAAGCAAAAGGAUGAAAGUCGAGGAGCCCAACGCGGCGGCAAUGGUCGUCGACGCGGGUCAAACAAUGUCCACUGGCGACAUUAUGAUGAAGGCAACAGCUACGAUCGAGUGGCGUUUGCAGUUUCGUUCGAAUGCGGAGUUUCGACGAACAAGAAUGGACCAGAAAUGUGGGCCGUUGACAGCGGGGCAACACAUCACAUCUGCCACGACAAGUUCAAGUUUGCAAGCUUGGUCGAAGGCAAUGAUGGCGAGAUCCUGGUGGCUGAUGGCAACAAGGCGGCCAUCAAAGAGCGCGAGAUCGAGAUCAAGAACGCGCUCUAUGUGCCCAGCAUGAGCAAAAAUCUGCUCUCGGUGCCGCAGAUUAACAAGCACGGCAACUUCCAAGUGGUGUUUGACGGGGAUACGAUGUACGUCGCUCGCAAGGAUUCCAAUCAAGUGGUGGCAGCUGCGGAUCUUGUAGACGGACUCUACUGGCUUCGCACGACGCAGCGAUCGGCCAAUGCGACAUCACUCAGCAACGCUGUUGAUCUACAUGCGCGAAUGGGCCAUGCUCCAGUCGACGUGCUUCGCAGGAUGGUGACAAGCCACAUGAUCAAGGACGCUCACAUCCCUUCCAAGCCGAAUGGAUCAAGUGUGUGUCGAGGAUGCCAAGAAGGGAAGAUGGUCCAAAAACCAUUCCCGAGCAACCGUGACAAGCGCACCUACAACACCUUCGAGAUGCUCCACUUCGACAUCUGCGGACCCAUGGAAGAAAAAUCUCUGGGUGGCAGCAAUCAGAGAGCGAAAGAGUGCAUCAAGAAGUACAUCACGAUGAUACAGACGCAGUUCAACAAGAAGGUCAAAUUUGUGCGACACGAUGGAGCCCGCGAGUUUGCGACGAACUCGCUUCAAGAUUUCUACGAAGUCGAAGGCAUCGAGCAACAAACCACGGUGCCAUACGCACAUCAAGCCAAUGGAACUGCUGAACGCGCGAUUCGAACUAUCGUCACCAUCGGUCGUAGCAUGCUCCAUCAUGCCAAGUUGGACAAGUGCUUCUGGGCUGAAGCGGCAAUGACGGCCGUCUAUGUGAAGAACCGUUUGCCGUCACCCAAGAUUCCACACAAGACACCGUUCGAGAUUGUCUACAAUUCUGAGCCAAGUGUCAAGCACAUGCGCGUUUUUGGGUGCCAAGCAUACAUCUUGACCCCGAAGGAGAAACGACUCAAGUGGGAUCCCAAGGCCCGGGCUGGAUUGUUUUUGGGCUACGAAGAAGUGUCCAAGGCGUAUCGAGUUUACGACAUCGAAGCGGGGCAGGUGAUGAUAAGUCGCGAUGUCAACUUCGAUGAGUCGGCCUUUGGAAUGUCGAUGCUGAUUUCCGAUGACGAUGUUGAUGGCCUGGACUUCGAAUCGAUCGAUCUUGAUGAUGAAGAACCGCGUCCGAGACACUUCAAACAAACAGGAAAGCGCAAGGCCCAACCCAGUCACGACAAUGACGACGCAAGCAUGCCCCGAGCAGUGCGCCAACGACCCGGAUUGGAAGAGUCAAGUGCGCCGGAUGACCUCUCUUCACGUCGAGCCAACGAAGAUGAAGAAAGGAAGUCGGAGGAACAACAUGACACACCGACUUCCUCCGCGUUUUGGCAUGCGAGUGCAAACGCCGUCGAAGCAGCGGUCGAUUUUUCGGAGCCGUCGACAUUUGAAGAAGCAGUAUCUGGCCCGGACCAAGUACACUGGCGCAAAGGCAAUUGA